UUGUUGUAAUUAAUUAUUCUUAGCCAGUCAAAAGCUUUGGAACAGAUAACAUCUCUUUCUCAUCCAUAUUUCAGAAAACACAAAUUUUCAUUUUGCGUCUCUUACUCACUGGAACUGAUCGAUCGACAAAGUGUUCAUAUUUUUUGAACUCAACUGGAAAUGAGUUGAUGCCUGCAGUCAACACAACUCUGUAUAUAAAGAUGGGGAAGCUUUUUGGAUCAUCUUAAAAGUAGACCAGCAAUCAUCCAUGUUUUCGUAUACAUAAGCUCCGCCAAACACCUUGUUCUUCAUGAGUUUCGAUAGCUCUGUUUUCAAUAUUUGAGGAGCAGUUCGAGCUAGCUUGAUGGAGUAGAUUGUGCUCUGUUUUCCAACUCUUACUCGUAGUGUUUUUCAACUCACUGCAGUACACUCCCUCUUCCAGCAAAUUGGUAUAGGCGCGACAAAUUGGCUCUGCGACAUCUGCUCUGCUUCCGAUCUGAGCUGAAGUGGUUAUUAAAAGUUUCAACAUGAGUAAUGAUCGGGCUUGGAUGUACCAAAGGCUAGACAAUAAAGGAUUUUUAAAUCCAAUUUUUCUAAACGGAUUAGAAAAUUUUAUGCAGUAUGUUAUAUCUCAGCCUUCAUCUAUGAACGGUACAAACAUUAAAUGUCCUUGUUCGAAGUGUAAGAACUGCAGAUUCUGGGAUGCGGAGACAGUAAAGGUACACUUAAUGAGCAAGGGGUUUGUAAGAGAUUAUUAUGAAUGGAAUCGACAUGGAGAGCCAUACAUAUUUAGACAAAGUGGAGAACAAUCAUCCACAUAUGUCUCUGAUACUGAAGAAAGAAGAGAUGAGAACAACCUAAUGUAUAACAUGGUGAUGGAUGCUGCUGGUCCAAGUUUUGAUCCUGAAAUGCCAAAUGCAGAAGCACAAAAAUUGUAUGAUAUUUUAAAAUCAUCCGAGAGAGAGUUGUAUGAAGGUUGCGAAACUUCACAGUUGGCUGCCAUGGCUCAGAUGUUGAGUUUGAAAUCGGACCAUCAUUGGUCAGAGGCAUGUUAUGAUCAAACCUCACAAUUCUUUAAAGGCAUCUUGCCUCAGGAUAAUUCAUUUCUUGAUAGCUUUUACAGCACAAAGAAGUAUAUGGAAGAAUUGGGGCUUCCUUCUGAACAGAUUGAUUGUUGUGUUAAUGGUUGUAUGCUAUAUUGGGGGGAAGACAUCAACUUGGAGGAGUGUAAAUUUUGUUCACAUGGGAGAUACAAAAUAAGAGCCAACAAAUCAAAAAAGGAAAAGAAGAAAGUGGCUGUUAAGAAGAUGAUCUAUUUUCCAUUGGCACCGAGAUUACAAAGGUUGUAUGCUUCUCCGACGACUGCAGCUCAUAUGAGAUGGCAUGCCGAACAUUAUCAGGAAGAAGAUGUGAUGCGUCAUUGUUCGGAUUCAGAGGAGUGGAAGCAAUUUGAUAGAGCACACCCGUCAUUUUCCUCAGAGAUACGAAAUGUAAGACCUGGACUUUCUACUGAUGGGUUUCAACCAUUUGGUGAAACAGGUAGGCAGUAUUCUUCGUGGCCAAUUAUGGUGACUCCAUAUAAUCUGCCCCCCUGGAUGUGUUCGAAAGAACAAUACCUGUUUCUAUCUGUACUCGUGCCUGGACCAAAAAAUCCAAAACAAAAGAUAGAUGUUUUUCUCCAACCAUUAAUUGCUGAGUUAAAAAUGUUGUGGGAAGUUGGAGUGGAGACAUGGGACAAUUCUUUGCAACAAAAUUUUCGUAUGCGGGCUGCGUUGAUGUGGACUAUCAGUGACUUCCCUGCUUAUUCAAUGUUGUCUGGAUGGAAAACUGCUGGUCAUUUAGCUUGUCCUCAUUGUGCUCAUGAUCAUGAUGCUUAUAAUCUUUCGCAUGGUGGAAAGACCACAUGGUUUGAUAAUCAUCGAAAGUUUCUACCUGCCAAUCAUCCAUUUCGAAGGAAUAAAAAUUGGUUUACCAAGGGAAAGACAGUGAAUGAAUCUGCCCCACCAGUGCGAACAGGAGAGGAUGUUAUACAAGAAAUUGAAUCACUUGGUUUGAUGAAAAUUACUGAGUUGGGAAGUGAUGAGCACAAUGCUAAAGUCAUCAAAACUUACAACUGUGGAUGGAAAAAAAGAAGUAUCUUUUGGGAUUUGCCAUAUUGGAGAACAUUAUCUAUUAGACAUAAUCUUGAUGUUAUGCAUGUUGAGAAAAAUGUCUUUGAAAAUAUUUUCAACACUAUCAUGGCCAUUGAAGGGAAAACCAAAGAUAAUUCUAAGGCAAGGGAUGAUAUUGCAAUGAUCUGUCGAAGGCCCGAGUUAGCAUAUGAUGAGUUGACAGGGAAGUAUCCGAAAGCAUGUUAUAGCUUAGAUAAGAAGGAAAAAGAAAAAGUUUGUGAGUGGUUGAAAGAUCUAAAAUUUCCAGAUGGAUAUGUGUCAAAUAUGGGGCGUUGCAUUAACAUGAAGAAAUACAAGUUGUUUGGAAUGAAGAGUCAUGAUUGUCAUGUGUUUAUGCAACGACUUCUUCCGAUUGCUUUUCGGGAAUUUCUCCCGAAUAAUGUUUGGGAGGCUGUGACAGAAUUAAGUCUUUUCUUUAGAGAUCUCACUUCAGCUACUUUGAAGAUAAGUGAUAUGCGUAGACUUGAAGAACAUAUUCCUGUUAUACUUUGCAAGUUAGAGCGUAUAUUCCCACCUGCAUUGUUUGAUUCAAUGGAACAUCUUUUAGUGCAUUUGCCAUAUGAAGCACGCAUCGCAGGUCCUGUCCAGUAUCGUUGGAUGUAUCCUUUUGAAAGAUAUUUGCGCCAUUUGAAGAAUAAUGUGAAAAAUAAAGCUCGGGUUGAAGGAUCAAUAUGCAAUGCUUUUUUGGUUGAAGAAGCUUCCACUUUUUGCUCACAUUACUUUCAACAACAUGUUCAGACAAAACAUAGAAAAGUUCCUAGAAAUGAUUUUAGCGGAGAUGGAGAGAGCUUUGGUGGAAACAUUUCUAUAUUUUCUCAUCCUGGACGUGCACAUGGGAGAGUUAGGACUCGACAUCUUGAUGAUCGAGAAUAUAUGGCAGCUCACAAUUAUAUCCUUUUUAAUUGUACAGAGAUUGCACCAUAUACUGAGAUUUUCAUAAAUCAACUUCGGGAGGCCAAUCCACAUAUAACUAGUGUUGAAGUUGAUCGGUGCUUAGAAAGUGAUUUUGCCAUGUGGUUUAAACAUUAUGCUCAAGAUCCAUCACUAGUUCCAAAUGAAUACAUUCGAGAUAUCUCAUUUGGACCUCUUCGUUCGGUAAAGUUGGUACCUAUUUAUUAUGUGAAUGGGUACAAAUUUCAUACCCGGGAAUAUGGAUCUGAGAGGUCAACAUUCAACAGUGGUGUAUGCAUUAAGGGAUCAAACUAUAGCGAGACAUUUGAUGAUUAUUUUGGAAUAGUUGAAGAGAUUUUGAUUGUCGAGUAUCCUCGUUUCCCAAUCAAGAAAACAGUUUUGUUUAAGUGUCAAUGGUUCGAUCCUACACUUAAUGUUGGAACAAGAGUUCAUCCACGUUAUAACAUAAUUGAGGUCAAUAAAAGAAAGAGAUUGAGUGUGUAUGAGCCAUUUAUACUAGCAAUGCAGGCCAUGCAAGUUUACUUUUGUAAUUACCCAAGCCUUAGACGAGACAAGGUUGAUUGGUUAGUUGCAUGUAAAGUGAAGGCUCGACCAUUUAUACUAGCAAUGCAGGCCAUGCAAGUUUACUUUUGUAAUUACCCACGUCUUUAAGUUGUUUUGUGAAUGCAUGUAAUUUGCUCUUAUUGAUUGAAUCCUGGUGUAUAACGAAUUGUGUCAUAUUGUGUCAUAUAGGAGGCUUUGGUGCAUUUAUUUUUUAUGAGUAAUCUUUCUUCAUAAUUUUUGUCUAGCAGUUGGCUCUGUUUUUAUUUGAUCAAAGUUUUUGUUUGACUGGUAUUGUAACUAUGUCUAGGAAACCUUUGCAAAUCUUUGCGAGCAGCAGAAGGAAUCUGGCCAACCUGUGGAUAAAAAUGCAUUAUUUCUUAAUGCAGUUGGAGGUCCAGACAAGCGGAAUAGGGUAUAUGGAGUUGGUUCAUCACAAAGCAACUUCUAUCGAUCUGCAACUAUGCCUUGCACUUCAACUGUUGAUGAAGAAAAUGAGCAGUUGAAGAACAAAUUGGCAGAGAUGAAUGAGCGUAUGAAAGCAAUGGAGUAUCAGAUGGCCAAGUUCAUUCAGGCUAAUUCAGUCCAAGAUCCCCAGGACCUUGAUUUAGACAGUGAAAAUGAUGAUAAUUAGGAUCUAUAUAUAUUAGUAACUGCUUAUGACUUAUUUCUUUUGCAUAUGACACUAACUGGGCAUGGCAGGAUAGUAUUGUUGGUAUAUAUGGAUCAGGACUCACCCCAGUAGCACUGGUAGCUAUUAGGUUCUAAUAUUUUUGGUUGGUAUGGUUGGUUUAGUAGCAAUGUUGAUCUGGUUGGUUUAGUAGCAAUGUUGAUCUGGUUGAAUAUCGACAUUUUGAAUAUAUAUUAUAUAAUGAAAUGUUGGGAUUAUUAUAUAUUUCUUUGUUGCUAUAUUUUGUUGUUUGUUGCUGCUGGGAUUAUUAUGGUUUGUAUGGUUUAUAUAAUGAAUGUUGGCAAAGUGUUGGGAAUUUGAUACUAAAAUGGUUGGCAAUGUGUUGGGUUUAUAUAUUGAAUGUUGUUGGUAAAGUGUUGGGAAUUUGAUACUAAAAUGGUUGGCAAUGUGUUAGUGUUAUGACUGUGUGAUGCAAUUAAAUUCUGUUGGUAAAGUGUUAGUAUGUGUGCACUACUAAAUGCCAACAGAAUUUCGUUAGUACUUCUGUUACCAAAUCUGCCAACAGAAUUCUGUUACUAAAUGUACCAACCACAUUUUGUUGAGAAACCGUUGCUAAUAAUACUAACCAAAUAUUUGGUUGGCAUGCUCGUUGUAACAUUGUUGUCGAAAAAAUUUAAAAUCUGUUAUUAAUUUGUCAGUAGUCCGUUGGUAAAUUUAACAACGAAUGUGUUCCGUUAGCAUGAACUUCCCGACGGGCUAUAUGCCAACCCUCUGUUUUCAUUAUCAUUCCGUUGGCAAGGUGAUUUACCAACGGAUAUCCCUAUUCUGCCAACGGAAUAUCCGUCGUUAUAUAUGAAUUUUCUUGUAGUGAAUGUCUUAAUGCUCAAGAAGUGCUUGGUAAUAACUUAGCAUUUUCUUUUUCUGUAAACUUCAAAAAAUUAUUUAUGUUUUAGUGCUCGCAAGUUGCAACUGAUUGCUUGAGUGUUAAUUAUGAACCUGAUAAUGAUUAUUAAUUGCAGAUCAUCCUUGGAUACGAAAUGCCUAGAAGGCUCCAAAUGUUUUUUUGGGUGAGAAUGUGAAAGCAGACUCAAAUCAUUUCCUAUGAUGAACAAGCUUGAGAAAAGGGCACUACAGACUGCCAUCAAUCACAGGUGAUUGUUGAGCAUUAGUCAGCUGAAGAAGUGGUAGGCAUAUAGGAGGGAUUCAAAGUUAUGGAUAUAGUAACAAGGAAAAGAUAAACAUGGAUGAGUUGAGAGCAGGGUUACAUAAGAUUGGGCAGCAGAUUACUGAUGCGGAUCUCCAAAUUAUUCUUAUGAAUGCUGUUUCUUUGGAGGAGAACGAGGAGGAGAUUCAUUUCCUUCAUUGAAAAAAAACGGCGAAGCAAUCGGAUGCGCGAGUCAAAAGUUAUGGACAAAGAAGCGGGCUGCUGGAUUGGCGCACCUGCCCCAACUGUGGCGCACCUGCCCCAACCGUGGCGCACCUGCCCCACGACCUGUGAAAGAUAAAGAAAGAUUUGGGGGACUAAAAACAUAACCUAGAAACAUUCUAAGAAGCACGUGACGGCUACGAAGAAGAUCUAGAUUCAUAGUUUUUACUUUUUUUAAUUCUUCGAAGGAGGCGUAACUUUGGAUGCUCAUUCGGAUUUGUUUCGAAACUCUUGUUUUACCCUUUUGAUAUUGUUUAGACUAUUCAGUACCA